AUGGGUCGUGGUCCGCUUGGACUCGUCACCACAACGAAGGAUUCGGGACUACUGUUCGAGUCGUCACAACAACAACGACGGCGACAACAACAGCACCAACAACUCAAAAAUCAAGACGCAGGCUACCGGAAAUACUCUAUGUCAAUCGCGGAUCACCUCGACUGGCUCCUGCAGAGAACGCCAUUCCCAACUGAGCGUUCGCCCCCGAGAGACCGGAACGUCGAGGACCGUCGGGUCCGCCGUCUCUGCAGCACGGGCAAGUUCGACACCCUCAUCUUCGUGCACACGGAUCCGACGCACGAGCGCGAGCGCAACUUUUACCGCUCGACCCUCGGUCAUCCGGCACUCUCCUCUCUCUUCCGAUGGACACUGGUCUUCUUCGUGGGGUUCCGACCGGGUGUCAACGUGUCCGCAGAAGCGCGCGUCCACGGAGACAUGGUCCGACUCCCGUACCUGGACAGCUACCGCAACCUGACGUACAAGUUUGUGCUCGGCAUCCGAUGGGUGCUCCUGCGCUGCCCGUCCGUCCAGCGGGUCGUCAAACUGGACGACGACGUCUUCGUGCAUCCAGAAUUCCUCCACGAUUACCUGCGCCUCAGGGUGCGUCCCCUAGACCGGAACAUCCACUGUUCCGUGUACCAACGCAACACCGUCAUCCGGAACCCGCACAGCCGGCACUACCUGAGCCCUGCGGUCUAUCCGGCCAAGGUGUUCCCUCGGCACUGCCACGGAUGGUUCAUCGUCCUUCCGGUCGUGGUCAUGUGGGAACUGUACGCCGCCGCCUUCCGCUUGCCCAUGCACGCCAUUGACGAUGCGUACGUCACCGGAGACCUGGCCAAGUUGGCGAACGUCAAGUUCCAAGACCUCACGGUCAUCCUGAACGCCACGGAAGACCAAACGAUGGCGCUGCUGCGGGGAGAGUUUCUGGGCAUGGUCUUCACGGGGCGGUCCAAGAUGCGCGUUAGGGAAGAGCUCUGGAAGACACUGGUGGCCAUCAAGAAGCGUCCGAGCGUAGAUGAGGCUAUGAUACAGACGCUGAAACGCUCGUGA